AUGCCAAUCGGGUGGGUCAAAUCGUUACAUUGCAAAUCAAGAGCUUACGACGACGUUUAUCAUCAUCACUCCAACAAUGGUAAACUCUUGUUGCCAAGUUACAGCUGCAGAAAAUCCGUUAAAGACGUCGUCGCUAAUACCCGACCCGGAUCCGGAUCCGGAUCCGUUUACAAAAGCCCAAAACCCGACCCAAAUCGAAACCGUUUCCGUUCCUCCUCUUGUCGACCCGAAUCAGAACCCAAUUCUUAUAACCCGACCCGACGAAGCGUAUCCGUACGAUCUUCGUCGGAAUCCACGGCGGUUCCGGUGCUCACCGAUCUCCCCGACGGCCAUCCGUCGAGAAACGUCGUCGAGAUUAUAUUCCAAUCUAGCUGGAGCUCCGAUGAGUUUCCGGGUCGGGUCGAAAUGAUUUUUAAAGUCGAAAACGGGUCUAAAGCUGUGACCCGGUUUGAGGAAUACAGAGAGGCUGUGAAAUCGAGAUCGAGGAGGUUGAAAUUGGAUUCCGAUGACGGAGGCGCGUGCGAUGAAGACGCGAGGUGUUCGGCUGAUGGGAACGAGACGAUGAGAUUUUAUCCGAUGGGUCCGAUUCCGGGAGGGAUUAACGGCGGCGCGUGGGUUUUUCCCGGAGGUAAAGGAAAUGCGAUUUGUACGUAUUCGGGGAGCGGCGAAGCGCAUGUUAGCACAGGAGGCGGAGGAGGGAGGAGAGCGAUGUUGAUUUGUAGAGUAAUUGCGGGUCGGGUUGGGAAGAGAGGUGAAUUCGGGUCGGAUUCUGUAGCGGGUCAAGGUGGUGAGUUGAUUGUCUUUGAUGCUCGCGCGGUUUUGCCUUGUUUCCUAAUCUUUUUCAGAUUGUAA